CAUACUCUGAUCACGACACCAACUUUAUAUAAACAUAUUUGGCAUCAAUACUAAUCCAAAAUUCUUACCAAAAAUCAUCAUCAAACCAGCAAACUUCAAGAACCAAGAAUCAUGAACAUUUUAGACGAGAAAACAAGCCAAACUCACGAUCAAGAAUCUCCAUUACUACCUAAAACAAGAGAAAAUGUUCAAGAAAUUAACGGAGCUUCAUUUCUUGGUGCAGUGUUCAAUCUUUCGACAACUAUUAUUGGUGCUGGUGUCAUGGCAUUGCCUGCUAUUAUGAAGGUGCUGGGGCUUGGACUUGGAAUUGGUAUGAUCGUGUUGGUUGCGGUUCUUACGGAGUUUUCUUUGGAGAUUUUGUUGAGGUUCAGUAAGGCUGCAAAAGAAGAGUCCUAUGGUGGAGUUAUGGGGGAUGCUUUUGGAGUUAGUGGCAGGAGAGUUCUUCAGGGGUUUGUUAUGCUUAAUAUUCUUGGUGUUCUCAUUGUCUACACCAUUAUAAUUGGUGAUGUACUGUCUGGUACAUCUGCAAGCGGAGCUCAUCAUAGCGGUGUAUUUGAAGGAUGGUUUGGAAGUCAUUGGUGGACUGGCCGUACAUUUGUUCUUCUAUUUGUAACUCUUUCUGUUUUUGCUCCAUUGGCAUGCUUCAAACGGAUGGAUUCACUGAGAUUCACAUCUGCUUUAGCAUUUGCUCUCGCGGUGUUUUUUCUCGUUAUUACUGGUGGAAUCACUCUGUACAAAUUAGUUGAUGGAGGUGUUUGUAUGCCAAGAAUACUUCCCAAUAUUACUGAUAUCACAUCAUUCUGGAAUCUCUUCACCGUUUUUCCGAUUCUAGUGACAGCAUUUAUCUGUCAUGUCAACAUUCAUACAAUUGAAAAUGAGCUGAAAGACUCGUCUCUGAUACAGCCAGUGGUCCGGACAUCAGUAGCUCUCUGUUCUACUGUCUACAUAUUGACAAGCUUGUUUGGUAUAUUGCUAUUUGGAGAUUCAACAUUAGAUAAUGUAUUGACUAAUUUUGACACAAACCUUGGAGUCCCUUACAACAAUGUGCUGAAUGAUGUUAUUCGCAUCAGCUAUGCUCUUCAUCUCAUUCUAGUUUUCCCUGUCGUCUUCCAUCCAUUACGCCUAAAUUUGGAUGGUCUUCUUUUUCCGUCGGCCAGACCAUUGAGUUCAGACAAUCGCAGGUUUACAUUGAUCAGUAUAGCUCUCAUUUCUGUCAUUUUCUUGGGUGCAACUUUCAUACCUAGCAUUUGGGUUGCUUUUCAAUUCACUGGAGCAACUUCUUCAAAUGCCAUUGGGUUCAUCUUCCCGGCUGCCGUUGUCCUCAGGGACCGUCAUUUGGUAGCGUCAAAGAAGGAUAAGAUAGUGUCAGGAUUCAUGAUUUUUCUUGCUCUGUUCUCAAGUUUUGUGGCAAUUUACAGUAUACAGAUGCAUUAAUCAGAAAGAACGCAUAGGUGAAAGAGGCAAUGGUUUUUUCAUCAUUUUGCGGAAAAAUUAACAUUCAUUGGUUUAGUUCAUACCUUCAAGAUUCGGCUUUAAAUUGUUGAGUUCCAGAAAACCUGGAGAGUGGAACUUGGUAUACAGCCUAAAAGUGCAGAGAAAGACAGUAAAGCAUUAAAAUGCUGAAACAAACUAGACGUUCAUUCACAACAAGCUUGAAAAAAAUGGUGCCUAUAUAAUUUAUUUAUUUCUAUAAAUUAGACAACUUGCUUCGAAUUAGAGCAAGAAAAGAUACAAGUGACUGUAAAAGAAAAAUACUAAUCAAUAUUAUUAAAAGAAUUGUCUAUCAA